CUCAAAUGGGGCAAAUGAGCCAAAUGGGACAGAUAAACCAAAUGGGACAAAUUAACCAACAACCACAACAACCACAGCCACAGCAACCACAACAAGGAAAUAUUUUACAAAACCCACAACAAAAUAUUUCGCUAAAUUCAAGCAACUCAAUGUUAAAUAUGAUUGGAUCAAAUGGUUUAGCAAAUAUGGGAAUGCAAAUGAAUGGAAUGUCUUUAAACCAAAUAAAUCUUGCACAAUUGCUUCCACAACAAUUCAAUAACUCACAACCAAAUAUGUAUACAAUGAACCAACCACAAACAGUACAAUCACAACAACCAAUUCCUUCACCACAAACAAAUAAUAAUUUACUUUCAAACAAUAAUAAUCCAGCAACAUCAUCUCCACUUUCAAACGAUACUGAAGAGCCAGCAUUAAAAAAGUUAAAAAAAAAUAACUCGAACAAUACUUCCAAAUCAAAAUCCAAAGGAAAGAAAUAAUAGCAAAAAUAUAUAUAAAAAACUGCAUUUUUCUUUUAUUUAAUAAAUAAAUCAUUUGUACAAAUU